UCAAAUAUGUGGACUUGCUUUAAUUUAUUGCCCCCCCCAAAGCUAAUGUUUUAGCCUUCGUUCAUUCUUAAUCUUUUUCCAAAUUACAGCAUGCCAAAACCAAAAACCCCAACUGCCAUUGUUUGGCCUUAUGGCCGUCAUCGCUUUAUUUCUACUACCAGAAGCUUGCAUAGGUAGGAACACAAACAAGGAUUGCGGCUCUACAAUGUGUGGAAACGUUAACAUCAGCUACCCUUUUCGAUUAACAACCCAACCUUCCAACUGUGGUGGCCAUAGGUUGGAACUGGAGUGUGACAAUAACAACCACACCAAUUUAGUCAUGAAGUAUGGGAGAUUCUAUGUCCAAAACAUCUCUUAUGAUAUUUGCAAGGUCGAAUUCAGUCCAAAUCUCAAAUCCCAAAAUAUCUCAUGUGAAACGAUGCAAGCUAUGGAUGCAAAUCUCAGCAAGGAUGAUAAUUGCUCCCUUCCUCGCAAUUCCUUUCGCGUUGAUGACUUCUGUACAGUACCCUAUAUUUUGGGUUCUAGCGUCAUGUUUCUUGUGAACUGCUCGGAACCGAUGAACUCUUCUUCGUAUAUUAAUGCCUCCCGUUGUCCCACUAUAUCUUCCUACUUUUAUUUUUUAGAUAGCCAAACCCCGGUUGGAAAUUUCAGCGAAUCUUGCACAAUCGAUGCCCUGGUUCCGAUUAUGGUUGACAAUAUCAGCGGCAUGUCUACUUCGGACAUCUACGAGAUGCUAUUACUCGGCUUUGAUAUAGAAUUGAACGGCCUUGAUUUAGAAUUAUGCCGCAAGAAGAAACUUUUUCAAUCCAUGUAAGAGUUUUCCUCCAAUUUUAUUGCUUAGAUGAGUACUUUUCAUUAAAAAUAAUUAUAAAAAAAGACAGUGGAAAAGGUAAAUAUCAUUAAUCUAACAUUUUU